AGCGUCAGCUACGAGGACCUGCGCGACCUCGUCUCGCGCGUGAAGGGCCUCCCCAAGGGUGAUAUCGUCAGCCAGGACCUUGCCGCUCUCAAGGAGAAAAUCCGGAAGGAUCCCCCCGAGAACAUCUGGGAGUACGUUCUCGUUCUGUUCGGCGAAGGGAAGCUCCACUGCAAGGAGACAGAUAACGAACUCGUUAAUCCUAGAGAGACCCUGUGGAAGUGGACGCUGCCGGAGGAUGAGUUUCGCGCGUAG